GACAAACCCACGAGCUCUCCAUCAUACAUAUCAUCGAUUUGUUUUCCGCAAAAAAAAAAAAUAAUAAUAAUAAUAGUAUAUAUACAUCUCAUAGUGUGUGAAUUAUGUUCGAGGGGAAAGAAGAACUAGCAGGUUCAUGGACAGUGAUUUGAAAUUUUGGAAACGCAAUGGAAUUUUUUUUUUAAGAUCAAGCAAUGCAGGUUGCAGUUUUCAGGCGGAGGAUGCUGCGAAGACUGAUGGGUAUGGGCGUGAGGCCGCUGCUCUGUGGCCUGGCUGCGAUGUGCGUGCUUAUUCUCUACCUCAUGUACACACAACCAAGCGGUGUGCAUAUUGUAUGUGAUUGCAAUGAGGAAGUGGAGACGGAGGAGAGGGUUGCCAGAUACCUCAAUUCCCUCAUGGCGGAAGUAGAUCCGGUUACAAACAGGACAGCCGAGGCGAGCGUACGGUCCUUCCACCCUUCCCUGGCCAUCGAGUUCCUGACGCAGCAGGAGCGGAGAGGCAAGAGAUGCCGGAACACCCCUGGCGUCUUCUCCGUCAGGCACCGGAAUAGCGUGUGGCAGGAGGCGGACGUCGGCGGCACGAUUUUCCUGGCGUUCGGAGCUUACUUUGAUGAUCGAGAUGUUGAGGAAGGACCCUUGGUGCGCGUGCUGGUGAUGGUCGAGAGCACGAAGCCGCCCACGCCCACCUGCCAUCUGUGGUUCGAAGGCGACGUCGCGCCCACGGCAACCAGAGCCAUCCGCAUGGAAUUCAUCCACUGGCAAGAGCGAUUCUCGGACUCCUGGUUACCCUACCUGGUGACGUGUCGGGCGGGAAGGGACCUCCGGGGCGUGCCUCAGGUUGUCGCUCUCGUGCCCCACGCGUGUGCUGAGGCCACCAACGCUCUCCGGGUCUUGCAUCACGGCGGGUCCGAGCCUAAGCGAGAUCUGGCGCUGUGUCACAAGUUCGUCUUCAAUCCUGCCCGGGAUAUUUCGCAAAGACUCGCCGAAUGGAUCGAGGCCUCGCGGGCGUGGGGCGUCGAUCACAUCACGACCUAUGAAGCCGCUUCACACCCUAACGUCGCCAAGGUCCUGCGCCAUUACGAGAAGGACGGGUUUCUCAGCGUCAUACCCUGGCAGAACCCGGGAUCGCAGCCCAACGUGCCCCAUCUGUACAGGCUUUACUACGACACGCAGCGCUACAGUCUCUUCACGACGGAGAACAUCCCCUACACGGACUGCCUGCUGCGCCACCUCGCCUCGCACCGCUACGUGGGCGUGUGGGACGUGGACGAGUUCCUUGUGCCGGCGCCCCCCUUCGUCUCGAUUCCGGACAUGAUCGACGCAGCCAAGGGAACGGCCUUCACCCUCGGCGUCAAGCCCCCGACCUCCUACCUGGCCCGUUGCAGCUACUUCUUCGACAACCUGACGGAACCCGCGACGCCGGAUCUACCGGGGUACCUCCACCUCCUCCGGCAUGUGACCCGUUCCGUGAAGUUCUCCCCACCGAAGGUCUUCACCAAGGCUGUCCACGACACGUCCUACGCCCUGGGCCUCCACGCACACUUCGCUCUCCUGAAUCUCGAAGGGGAAGUGGACCGGGAUCACGACCUGUACCACUUGUACCCUGCCAGCGAGGGGUAUCUAGGGCACUACAGGCCAGCGUGCCAAGGGGAGAGUCAGGAGGAGUGCAAUGUCCUCUUCCGGCCGUACACCACGCGGGAUACAGCCAUGUGGAAAUACAAGGAACAGAUCGCGGGCAACACCAAGAGGGUUUUGUCCGAAUUAGGCAUUGUUCCUCCGUGAACAUUCAACGCAGGGGUCGGUGUUCAGUGCCACUUAAAAACAAAAUAACGUAAGCGGUGUAGGUGGUAUCACCUUUGUUUUAUUCAGGUGCAUUUUAUAGUAAAUAUUUUCCAUGUUCACCUCAUAAAAUCUACAUACGAUACUCUCCAUAAAUGCUCAAAAUGUUUUUUGACCUUAGAUCCUUUGCUGUAUAUGUCUACAUUCGAGAAAAUGUGUACAUAUAGUUGCUUUCGGGUGUGCCACUAUUCAUGAAUGUUGUAGGCGAUGAUUUUUUUUUCCUUUUUUUUUUUUUUUUUUUUUUUUUUGCUAAAUACGGAGUAUAACUCAUACGUACUGUUACUGACAUUUAGCCCUUAGGAGAGCGAGAGAGAGAGAGAGAGAGAGAGAGAGAGAGAGAGAGAGAGAGAGAGAGAGAGAGAGAGAGAGAGAGAGAGAGAGAGAGAGAGAGAGAGAAAGAAAGAAAGAAA